AUGACAGAGCUGGAAUACAACAAUAUCUAUCAGGAUUAUUUGGGCAUGAUGCAUCAUGGACGGAUUAAAUUUGGCGAUUCUCAAAUAAACUUCAAAAAUGCAAGAAAUAACCGAUUGCAAACGAUUGACCCGUCAGAAAUCGAAAAAAUAGAUUGGAUGCGGGUUGGAAAUAAGCCUACUAUACGAAUACGCCUGUCUUCCGGACUUCGCCAUCGUUUUAGUGGAUUUGCUGAAAAGGACUUCGAAGAAAUCAAGAAAUUUGCUCUUGAUAAAUGGAAUAUUGGUGUUGAUCAGGUUGAACAGUGUAUCAAGGGUUGGAAUUAUGGGAAAGCGGAAGUAAAGGGGCAAGUGCUCGAAUUUGAAGUGGAUGAGAAGCCGUGCUUUGAAAUUCCACUUAGCACUGUAAGCAAUUGUACGGCUGGAAAAAGUGAAGCAACUUUGGAAUUCCAUCAAAAUGAUGAUUGUCCCGUAUCACUUAUGGAAAUGCGUUUUCAUAUUCCAACGGAUCCAGACGCCGAUGAAGAUGUCGACCCAGUAGAGCAAUUUCGGCGCGCUGUAAUGCAGUAUGCUGGAAUUGAAACGGAAACAGAUCAACCGGUAGCGAUUUUACAGCAGAUUCUCUGCACAACACCUCGUGGUCGAUACGACAUUAAAGUCUAUCAAAAUUAUUUAUCGUUGCAUGGUAAAACAUAUGAUUACAAAAUUCCAAUUCGUACAAUAAUGAGGCUAUUUUUAUUACCACACAAAGAUGGGCGUCAUAUGUACUUUGUGAUCAGCCUAAAUCCGCCGAUUCGUCAGGGUCAAACUCGCUAUCACUUCUUGGUUCUUGAAUUCUCGAAAGACGAAGAGGUUGAUCUGGACUUAGGCCUUACAUCUGAACAGCUAAAAGAGCAGUACAAGGGUAAACUGGAAAAGCGAAUGAGUGGAACUGUGUUUGAAGUUGUAUCAAAGAUAUUCCGAGUUAUGGUUGACAUGAAAAUUACUGUUCCCGGGAGCUUUGUUGGGCAUUCUGGAACUCCAGCAGUAAUGUGUGCUCACAAGCAAGCUUCAGGUUUUUUAUAUCCAUUGGAAAAAGGAUUUGUUUAUGUUCAUAAACCACCGAUGUAUAUUCGUUUUGAAGAGAUAAGUUGCGUUAAUUUUGCUCGAUCCGAUGUGUCCACUCGUUCGUUUGAUUUCGAAAUUGAAAUGAAAGGCGGCAGUUUGCUGAUUUUCAAUAGUGUUGAAAAAGAAGAAUAUAAUCGUUUGUUCGACUUCGUGAACAAUAAACAUUUGAGAAUCAAAAAUGCGAAGCGAUUGGAUAAACCAACGUAUACAGGAAAUCUUGGUGAUAGUGACGAGGAGUUGGAUCCGUACAAAGAGACGCUGAAGCAAGAAGCAAGAAAUAAAGAAGUGGCAGAAAGUGACGAUGAUACCGACAGUGAAGAUCAUGAUUAUGAUCUCGAAGAAGAUUUAAAGAAGAGAAAAGAAAGCUCAUCAGAAGAAUCAGGAAGUGAACCAGAUGAAGAAUACGAGAGUGGUGCCGCUGAAUCAUCGGAAAGUGGUUCCGGUGAUCACAAAAGGAAAAAGUCUCCAAAGAAGAAGGAUUCAUCGAGAUCUGCAAAAGCUACCAGGCGAGAAAAAAAGAAAAAAGAUCCAAAUGCUCCGAAAAAGCCACAAUCGGCAUAUUUCAUUUGGUUUGGUGAAAAUUACUCAAAUUUUAAGAAAGAAGGAGUCUCUGUGACGGAGGCAGCUCAAAGGGCUGGCAAAAUGUGGAAAGAAAUCGACGAAGAAAUUAAAAAGAAAUAUGAAGAAAGAGCGAAAGAAGAUAAAGAAAGAUAUGCUCGUGAGAUGAAAGAAUACGUGGCAAAUGGAGGAUCUGCAUCUUCAGUUGUAUCGACUAAAAAAGUUCAGAAACCAAAAUCAAGUUCGCCUGUUAAACUGCAUUCAAAGCCCAAAUCAAAGGAAUAUAUUAGCGAUACUGAUAGUAGCAACGAAUCAAAGAAGGACACGGAGGAGAAGGAUUUGAAAUCGGAAAGUGAUGAAAGCAGUAAUGAAGAUAACGACUCAUAG